GUUAAAGUACUAUCUCUAAAGCUGCUACAUUAUAUUUAGGUUAUUAUCUUCAAGUUAGCCUGUGUUUAUUCAUAAGUAAGAGAUACUUGUGUUGAUAUUUGUGAUGUUUAUAAUACAGAGUGUGCUACAGUUCUCCAUACAGAGAGAAAAUUAAUCAAAAGUUGGAUCAGCAUUUUCAGAUUGGUCUCUGUGUCCCUGUGCAGUGUCCUCUGAGACUCCCAGAUCUAAGCCCAUUGGAUUUACACCUGUCGGAGCCAUAGUGUACCAGAAAAAGAUCCAGCACAAAGAUUGUUUAAAAGAAAUGCUUUUACAUGCACAAUUCCAGAUUUGUUCACACACGUUCAUUAUGAAUGACAGAAAUGUAUAUAAACGUGUUAAAAGAAAUAGUAAGAACCAUGUAGAGCAGGGUUUUUCAAAGCUCCUAGUGGUUAGUAAGGGUACUGCAGGUGGGUCUCUAUAAUAUUUUUCCUUUUUUUUUUUUUUUACAAAUAAUUUUCUAUUUUGAUAAUUAAGGUUAAAAUUCACAUAACAUAUUUUCACAUUUUAGAUUAUGUCACAGCCUUGCUUAGAUUAAUAGCUGAUAGCUGAUGUGAAGGAUGUUCUUUGCUAAAAAGUGUUGACUUUCGAGACGUCUGGGACACCCUGUAUCGAACAGCCCUAGAAAGCAACCAUGAUGGUAGCACAUGCCUUGCAGAUGGAUAUUUUGCAAACUGGCCUUUAAUUGUGAGCUUAACAACAAGCCUUUAUUAGGUUAAAACUCUGAGUGUGAUGCAGCCAGAGAAGCCAUGCUCACAGCUCUGACCUUAACUGUUUGACAUGUUCUCACUUAUAAACCACGGUGUGCAUGUCAGCUUGUCUAAGUGGUGUUUUGUCUUGUCGCAGUGUGCAUUGCAUGACUCGAGCUUUUUCUCAACCUUUUUUUCCCCCCAACACUUCUACUGAAGUUUUUUUUUUUUUUUUUAUAUAAAAUAUUAUAAAAAUAGCUUGAGUUGGAACUGAUCUCAGAUCAGCCAACGGAGAUGCUUAAAACAGUCAUGUGCUUAUCGGUGUAACCCCUUAUUUCCUGAUUUUGACAUGGUCUUCUUGGUGUGAAAUUGUGUGUGUGUGGCUCAGUUCAGUCUUGCUGUUAAUAUGCACACAUCACUCUAGGAGGAGCAAUCAUGUUUUGCAGGUCCUCUCUGCUGCUCUCCCACUUCCUCCCCCUGACUUUCCUGGUUCUCACUGGCACCGUUUCAGAAAGUGACCCUGUCAUUAGGAAACAGGGGUUCUCUGUGGUGUGGAACAUGCCUACCUCAAAAUGCCAGAAAGUGUUCGGUGUUUCACUGCCCCUGCACCAGCAUGGCAUCAUACAUAAUGCAAAUGAAAGAUUCAGGGGUGAGAACAUAAGUCUCUUUUAUGAAAGGAAACUUGGUUUGUAUCCCUUCAUCACUCGCGAUGGCUCCAGUGUGAAUGGUGGGAUUCCUCAGAAGGGCGAUCUUGGCCAUCACCUCAAACUGUCACAGAAACAGAUCCAGUCACUAUUGCUGAGGAGUUUCAGCGGGUUGGCUGUGGUGGACUGGGAGAAGUGGCAACCUCUCUGGAUCCGCAACUACGGAGUCCGUCAGGUUUACAAAUAUCUAUCUAAGCAACUGGUGAGAGAGAAACAUCCAGAUAUUUCUAAGGAGGAAGUAAAAAGACUGGCCACGGCUGAGUUUGAGAAGGCAGCACAGUUGUUUAUGGAAAAAACGCUGCGACUCGGAGUUAAGGCUCAUCCCAAGGGAUUGUGGGGAUUUUAUGGAUACCCUGGCUGCUAUAAUGACCGCGGGUCAAAAAGCAGUGAGUAUACUGGGCAGUGCAAACCUGGAACAGAGGCAUUAAAUGACAAACUGGCAUUUUUAUGGCAGCAGUCCACUGCACUCUAUCCAAGUGUGUAUGUGCGCCGUGGGCUUGCAGGACACCCAAACACAAGGCUUAUGGUUAGACACCGUGUACUCGAGGCAUUCCGAGUGGCAUCAAAGCAUGGACAUGGUGCUGCCCGACUUCCUGUUCUACCUUACGCUAGAGUGGCCUUUAUAAAAACUCUGCACUUUUUAAACCAGACUGAUCUGGAGAACACACUUGGUGAGAUUGCUUCAUUAGGUGCUGCUGGUGUGGUGCUGUGGGGUGAAAUAGGUUUUGCCAAGUCUGAGCACCAGUGUGUUCUUCUCCGAAACUACAUAAGCUCGGUUUUGGGUGUGUACAUAGAUGCUCUGCAUCGGGGUGUGGCACAUUGCAGCCAGACUGUGUGCAGCGGUCAUGGUCGCUGUGUGAGGCGCGACCCUCAUUCCGGCCACAUGAUCGCCCAGCUCCAAACGAGGACCGAUCUCGUCCAUGACAUGAAGUCUAACUUCAGAUGCUUGUGCUAUGAGGGAUGGAGCGGAGAGCAGUGUGAGGAGAACGUCAUGAAUGUGAAGUGAAGCCAGCGCUAACUCCACGUUUCAAAUCCUGUUUUAAAGUUUACAUUUUAAUACAGAUUCUAAAAUGUGCAUAG